CUUGCUCUCCCUUGACAUCCUUCAGAUCUUGGGUCGUUCUUCUCGACUCGAGGAUGGUUUCUUCGCCUUGGGGCUCUGAUCGUGGCUCUUUCCGGUUGUGUUCGGCGCUAGAUUCUGGGUUUUGGAGGAGGAAUUUAAGGGAGUUGACAGAUGGCAGGAAAGGGAGGAAAGGGUCUUCUCGCGGCGAAGACGACGGCAGGGAACAAGGACAAGGACAAGAAGAAGCCCGUAUCGCGGUCGGCCCGAGCCGGGUUGCAGUUCCCUGUCGGCCGAAUUCAUCGGCAAUUGAAGUCAAGGAUUCAAGCAAACGGACGUGUUGGUGCCACCGCAGCUGUGUACUCGGCAGCAAUCCUGGAGUACUUAACAGCAGAAGUGUUGGAGCUUGCAGGGAAUGCUAGCAAGGAUCUUAAGGUGAAGCGAAUAACUCCGCGCCACCUUCAGCUGGCUAUCCGAGGGGAUGAGGAGCUUGACACCCUAAUUAAGGGCACUAUCGCUGGUGGUGGAGUCAUCCCCCACAUUCACAAGUCGCUCAUUAACAAGUCUUCCAAGGAGUGAUCAUACUAUUCCCAUUGGAUGCAUGUAUGCUUUUCCAGAUAAGUAACUUGUUCUGAUUGUGAACGUCUAGGUGGUUUGAGCAACAUGAUGUUUUGGUUUUGCAGGAUUUAGCAACGAUAGGGCUUUUGUUUAGCUUUGAUAUUUAGCAUUUGGUCUAACAUACAGUUAAUUUUCAUGUAGUUUCUACAGAGGUCUGGUUGUCCAUCUUGAUCUGAAACUAAAGCAUGAUAACACUAACAUUGAUACUU